CAGCUGCUCAUAGACAUCAAUGUUAUUUCUGCAGCUUGAAAGACAGCGACUUUUGAUAAAACUGGCCUUGUAGCACAUUGUCUAGCUUACAGCGAUUUGAAAGAGGCAUUGUUUAUGUUUUUACAACGUAUAUGUCAUGAGUUAUUGAUGCCGGAAGUCCGAAUCUGUGAAUAUCUUGCCAACUUUACCUAACUGCCUAAGUUGUCUACUAUGGGUCGGAGUCUUUUUUGUGGAUUUUUGUUGUACCGUAUAUUCGGGGGAUGAUGCUUGCUGUGGGUGUGAGAUGAUCGUAUGCUUCCUGUGUUAUUUUCUUGCUCUCCAGAAGUGGUUUUAGCAGGUCUUUCAGUAUUUUCUUCUUUUUUUCUGUGGGAUUAUUCUUUAAUAUUAUAUCUGACCACUGCAAAAGGAACAAUCAUAUUAUGGACUGGGACGGGGCAAGAAUCAUCGGAACGGAAGAAAACAAAGUGAAACGCUGGAUUAAGGAGGCGAUGGAGAUCAGGAGGCGGGCGGAGAGAGCCAUGAACAGGGACGAGGGAGGCUUCAUGCUUUCCCACACCUGGGACACCAUACUCCAGAGGAAAUAGGACGGCGGGGGAUGCAGCAUGCCUGGUGGGAUGGUCGGGUCCGUUGGGCUCACCAUGACAUGCCAUUACGGUGUGGGUGUGGUUGGUCCGGCGCAUCUGGCGACUCUACUGGGCCGCAAAUACCAGCUGUCAAAAUCUGCAGGCUGACACAUCAGCUGUCAGUGAGACGCUUCUGAGGAAGGAGAGAGUGUUCGCUGAAACUGUCAAGCAGAUAAAUAACAUCUAUCCAUUCACCUAAUGUCUGAACAAAAGAAUCAGAAACUCAAAUAUUUUGACUACAUUUAUGUAAACUAUUGUUCUAUAUCAUGCUUAUUUCUGUACAAAUGCAUUUUGCUAACAGUUAUCUCCGUGCUCCUACAGGGUCACAUCUUGCGUUUUUGUGUUUCCUGCUAAAGAAUCCACUAAAACAUUCUAUCUGGGUGAUGUGAUCCCAGUGGCAGGAAGACCUCCUCAUGUUGGACUACGGUUCUUCCUACCAUUAUGAAGGAACUGAUCUCCUGGCAUGCUACAGUUGGCCCAGAAAAGAACAAAUCACCUGUUCUGAAUUCCGCUUUCAUUCUCCUGGACGUUGAAGAAAAUGGCGCCUAUGACCAGAGCGAGGAAGAGCGUCACCGCCAACUGAACGGAGUGAAAACACGGAGCGAUCUGCCAGCUGAGGGAUUGAUGUCAUCACAACGCUGCAAAGUAUAAGAGCUGACAAACCCAGCUGAUGAAAAUCAGUGUGCAAAGGUUGAAGGAAAAAAACUUGGGUGUGGCCUCCUAUGUGAUGCUUUAAUUUGCUAUGGAGGAAGUAAAAAAACUGCAGACGUCUGCAGUUGCUGAGAGGUGAAAUGGCAGAGAGAGGAAAUCAGUCGAAUUCACAAAAAUUCUCUCGUCCGAUCUGUCUGGAUCUACUGAAGGAUCCGGUGACUACUUCCUGUGGACACAGCUACUGCAUGAACUGCAUUAAAACACACUGGGAUGGACAGGAUGGAAGGGGAACCUACAGCUGCCCUCAGUGCGGGAAGACUUUCACACCAAGGCCUGUCCUGGAGAAAAACAUCAUGCUAGCAGAGAUGGUGGAGGAGCUGAAGCAGACUGAACUCCAAGCUGCUGCUGCUGCUGAUCACUGCUAUGCUGGACCUGAAGAUGUGGCCUGUGAUGUCUGCACUGGGAGGAAGAGGAAGUCCAUCAAGUCCUGUUUAGGUUGUGUGGCGUCUUAUUGUGAGCAGCACCUCCAACCUCACUAUGACUCACCUCCAUUGAAGAAGCACAAGCUGGUGGAGCCCUCCAAGAACCUCCAGGAGAACAUCUGCUCUCGUCAUGAUGAGGUGAUGAAGAUUUUCUGUCGCACUGAUCAGCAGUCUCUCUGUUAUCUCUGCACAAUGGAUGAACAUAAAGGCCAUGAAACAGUCUCAGCUGCAGCAGAAAGGACGGAGAAGCAGAAGGAGCUCGAAGUGAGUCGACUAAACAUCCAGCAGAGAAUCCAGGACCGAGAGAAAGAUGUGAAGCUGCUUCAACAGGAGGUGAAGAACAUCAAUGGCUCUGCUGAUAAAACAGUGGAGGACAGUGAGAAGAUGUUCACCGAGAUGAUCCGUCUCAUCCAGAAAAGAAGCCGAGAUGUGAAGCAGCAGAUCAGAUCCCAGCAGGAGGCUGAAGUGAGUCGAGUCAAAGAGCUUCAGGAGAAGCUGGAGCAGGAGAUCAGUGAUCUGAAGAGGAAAGAUGCUGAGUUGAAGCAGCUCUCAGAUACACAAGAUCACAACCAGUUUCUCCACAACUACCCCUCAGUGUCAGCACUCAGUGAGUCCACACACUCAUCCAGCAUCAACAUCCAUCCUCGGAGAUACUAUGAGAAAGUGACAGCAGCUGUGACAGAGAGCAGAGACAAACUACAGGACAUUCUGAGGGACACACGGACAAACAUCUCACCGACGACCACUGACGGGGACGUUUUCCUGUCAAAUUCUCAGCCAGAACCAAAGACCAGAGCUGGAUUCUUAAAAUAUUCACAAAAAAUCACACUGGAUCCAAACACACCACACAGAUGGCUGUUAUUAUCUGAAGGAAACUCAAAAGUAACAGCAAUGAAAAAACCUCAGUCUUAUCGUGAUCAUCCGGACAGAUUCACUGGAUGUUGGCAGGUUCUCAGUAAAGAGAGUCUGACUGGACGUUGUUACUGGGAGGUGGAGUGGAGAGGAAGAGCAGCUGAUGUAGCGGUCGCAUACAAGAAUACCAGCAGAGAAGGACGGUCAGGUGAAUGUCGAUUUGGAUUAAAUGACAAAUCUUGGGCUCUGCGCUGUCACAAAAACGGUCAUACGUUUUGGUACAACAAAAUCAGAACUCUUGUCUCAGGUCCUCCUUCCUCCAGAAUAGGAGUUUAUCUGGAUCACAGUGCAGGUAUUCUGUCUUUCUACAGCGUCUCUGGGACCAUGACUCUCCUCCACAGAGUCCAGACCACAUUCACUCAGCCAACACAUGCUGGACUUUACCUUUGGGAUAUGGACGACACUGUUAAAUUCAUUCAACUGAAAUAGACAGAGUUUUUUAAUGGACAGCUGGUUAAAAUGUGUUUCAGUUUCCAGUAGAUCCUCUGUCAGUCGCACUUUAUGGACGGUACUUAAACACCUUCUCGUCUGCUGUUUUGUUGAUGUUGCAGUUUGUUGUGUGUGCGAUCCCUCCAGUGUCUGUCAUGAUGGCUUUUAUUCACAUUGUCCACAUGAAAAUGGAAACUCUGUGCGCCACGUUUCCUGAGUGUUUGUAUGUUGGUGAUUCUCUUCUACUUCGUGGGCCGUCACAAAGAAAUCAGCAGACCUUCUUUUAUCACAUGAAACAUAAAACUACAUUUACUCUGAAUGGUUUGGCAGAACAAAUGUUGGUGCUUAAACUGCUGUACAGAUGAGGUCAUGUAAACUGUAAUGAUUGUGGUGAUUAUCGAUUGGUCAAUAUUUUGUUGUAUGUAACUGAUAUUGUGAGUCAAACACACUGACUGUGUGGAUGAAAUUAAUCUGUGCUUGAAAUCACUGAACAAGCUUCAAAUACUGAUUUAAUGUGGGGAAAAAACUGAUCAAUAAAGCUGUUGUUUGUC